AGCCGCGCAACUUGCGGUCCUGGGACCCGCCCCACCGCGUCACACUGGGCUAGGCCGGGACUCUAAACUGAAACGCCAGGGCAGUUCCCAAGCAGGAAUGCAAACAUCCCGGAAAUCCAGCUGAGGUCGCCGGGCCCCGGGAGUCCCACGCAGCAUGUCAGCCUCUGGGGCAAGCAGCAAGCCUUCCAGUAUGAAUCCCACAGAAACUAAGGCUAUAAAAACUGAGCCUGAGAAGUCACAGUCAACUAAGCUAUCUGUGGUUCAAGAGAAAAAACCCCAAGAAGAAAAGCCAAAGAAACAUGCAGAGCCAAAAAGCCCAGCCCAGCAUGCAUCAGAUGCACAAAGCAAGCCUGCUCAUAGUGAAAAAACAGCUUCCAGAUCAAAGGAGCAGCUGACCCCCGAGAAGCCAGCGGAACCAAAGACUAAAUCGCAGGCCCCUGCUUCCGUGGGUAAGGACAGCGCUGUUGCUGGUGUGGCUGCGACUUCUGGGAAAGCGGAUGACAAGAAAAAAGAAAAGAAAUCAUUAAUGUCUGCUGCACCAGUUGAAUCCAAACCAGAUAAACCAUCUGGAAAGUCAGGAAUUGAUGCUGCUUUGGAUGACCUAAUAGACACAUUAGGAGAGCCUGAAGAAACGAACGAGGAUAGCACAGUAUAUUCCGGACCAGAAAUUUCAGAUCCAAUGUACUCCAUGUACAUUGAGGAGCAGGGUAAAAGAGAGAUCACAAUUCCUCCAAAAUAUAGGGAACUUUUGGCUAAAAAAGGUGUCACAGGGCCUCCUCCAGACUCACCGAAACCCAUGGGGCCUGACGAUGCCAUAGAUGCCUUGUCGUCCGACUUCACCUGCAGUUCUCCUACUGCUGGAGGAGAGAAAACGGGCACACAGAGGUCUGCAGGAGAAGUUUUAAAAGCUCAGUCAGCUGGGGAAGUCAGAAGUGCUGCUCCGCCCCAGGAGAAGAAAAGAAAAGUGGAGCAGGAUGCUAUGAGCGAUCAAGCAGUUGAAGCUCUGUCAGCCUCACUGGGCACCCGGGAACCGGAACCCGAGCUCGACCUCAGCUCUGUGACCGACGUUGAUGAGGCAAAAUCUAAAGAAGAAAAACUAAAGAAGUGCGGUGAGGAUGAGGAAACGGUGCCAUCUGAGUACAGGCUGACACCGGCCACGGAUAAAGAUGGAAAACCACUAUUGCCAGAGCCUGAAGAAAAACCUAAGCCCCUGAGUGAAUCAGAACUCAUUGAUGAACUUGCAGAAGAUUUUGGCCGGCCUAAAUGUAAAGAAAAACAGUCUAAGCCAACUGAAAAAACAGAGAAGUCUAAGGCAGCUGCUCGCGCUCCUGUGGCCGAGGUGGUGUCGUCCUCCUCCAUGUGUAGUGUGCAGGCCGUGCCAGCCAAGCCAGCUUCCUCGACGGGCACGGAGGAGGCGGUGGAGGCCUUGGCUGGUAGCCUGGGGCGAAAGGAAGCAGAUCCGGAAGAGGCCAAGCCUGUGGUGGAUAAAAUCAAGGAGAAAGCCACAGAAGAAGAUCGUGAAAAACUGGGUGAAAAAGAAGAGACAAUUCCUCCUGACUACAGAUUGGAAGAAGUCAAGGAUAAAGAUGGAAAACCACUCCUGCCAAAAGAGGCCAAGGAACCACUUCCACCCAUGACUGAUGACUUCCUUCUCGAUGCCUUGUCUCAGGACUUCUCCGGUGCUCCGAAUACCUCCUCUCUCAAAUUCGACAAUGCAAAACUUUCUGCUGCCAUCUCGGAAGUGGUUUCCCAAACUCCAGCUCCAGCCACCCACUUGGCAGGGCCACCCCCAGACACGGCGAAGCGUGACAAAGAACUGGACGAUGCACUGGAUCAACUUUCGGACAGUCUUGGACAGAGGCAGCCUGACCCAGAUGAGAACAAACCAAUGGAGGAUAAAGUAAAGGAAAGAGCCAAAGCUGAACACAGAGACAAGCUGGGGGAAAGGGACGACACCCUCCCUCCUGAGUACAGACACCUCCUGGACGAUGAUGGGCAGAACAAACCAGCGAAGCCACCUACAGAGAAACCAAAAGAAUCAAAGAAGCCUUCAGGUGACAAAGACCCCAUUGAUGUCCUCUCGGGAGAGCUAGACAGCUGUCCCUCAACUGCAGAAACCACACAGAACACAACAAAGGACAAGCGUAGGAAGGGCGCUUCUGGCUCCAAAGCCCCCAAGAAUGGAAGCCAAGCCAAGGAUUCGGCAAAGAAAACGGAGGAAGGUUCCAAGCCAAAAGGUGAUGAAAAACAUACAAAAAAAGAAAAAAAUACCAGUUAAAGUUGACAGGAUCAGGUGCCUGCACAUAAAAUCUUUAGCUGGUGGAUGGUGACUUUCGAAGAACAAAAGGCACUGGCAACAGAAGAGUUUUUCUGGGUUCCAAACAGUGAUACUUGUUAAGUCUUUUGAUGUCAUAGACAUUGAUUGGUUAUUCUGCUCCAGAACAAGGAGGAAUUUAUCUGGUUUACCUGUGCUACUGUACUGAAUAUUGAUAAACUGAAUUUUUAAGAAUUGCCUUCAGUUGGGAAUGGAAGCUUUAUAUUUGUAAGAAAUAUAUUUGAUAAAGUUUACUAAAGCAACACCAAAAAAAUAGAGAAAAAAACAUUGCAAACUUUUGCACAUUCUACACACAGUGCCUAUAAAUCUCAGUAGUAUUUUCAGUUUGCACUUAGUUUUUUUGUUUUUUAGUGUUUGGAAAACAGUGCUCUAAACAUUUGUCAAUGUUCUGAUUUCCUAUUGCCCUCUUUCCUCCUGAGCUUUUGAACUAUAUUUGAUGUUUCUUUGGGUUUACGUUUAUAAGUCAAAUAUAAGAUAUUGUACGUCGGGCACAUAUCUCCUCUUUGGCUGCUAAUAAUAAAUUAAUAAUAGAUAACCUGGACAACCCAGGAAGCACCAGUC